AUGUCUACGUGCCUGCCCAAAGACGCGCCUUCUUCUGAUCGUGACAAUUUGGCGGACGACAAAGAUAAUGACGCAUCUCUAUCAGAGGAAUCUGCCGGUCAGGGGAAGAUACCUCCUCUGGGUGCUCCCGUAGACGAUACUCCGACUGGAAUAUGGAAAUGCCUAGGGAGACGUCGGGUCGCUCAUGACUGGGACGCGUUUGCCACGCAGCCUUCGGUAUUUGAUGACCCUGCCACCCUGGAUGCCUAUCGCCCUCCGCCCCGAUACGAGAAAUCCUCACCCUUCUAUCUGAACUUGACAACGAAUGACUGCAACUUGGAAGAUACACUCUUUCGGCUCUCUUCCCUUAUCGCCGGAUUAAGGGCUUCCAUAAAAUUCCCAUCCCAACUCGUAUUCAAACGGGUGGGACCAAAUGUUUGGGUUCCGUACCAGAUGGUUCUGUGGAGCAAUGUUGCAUUCAGCCAAUGUUGGUUAUUAGGACGAGCGUCCUUCCUCGCCACACGGUCAGGCGUUUUCAUUCCUGAUAUCGUCCUGUACCUCUCAUACUUCUAUACGAAAACCGAAUUACCAAUCAAACUCGCAUUCUUCUGGGUGUCCAACUACUUGUCGGUCAUUAUCAGUGCUUUCCUCGCUACCGGCAUUCUUCAAUUGCGUCAAACCGGAGGCAAAGCCGAGUGGCGUUAUCUGUUCCUCAUCGAGGGACUAACAACCUUGGGUUGCGGACUAUUUUCGUUCUCAUCGAUGCCACCUGGCCCGACACAGACCAAGGCGUGGUUCCUCCGAAAAGGCUGGUUUACAGAACGAGUCCUCCGGGACGACUCUUCUGAAUCAGACAACAUUUUCAAGGCCCUGCAAGAUUGGAGAAUGUGGCCUCUAUAUGCUCUGGGACUCACUCACAUGAUGCUUGUUGACCCCCACCAGACAUACCUUACUUUAUCUUUUCGUAACCUUGGCUUUGACACCAUGGAGUCCAACCUGCUCUCCAUUCCAUCAACCAUUAUUGGAGUCAUCAUGCUGCUAUUCACCUCGUUCUUGAGCGAACCCAUUAACAGUGGCGUUAUCGCUACCGUCGUGUUGCAUGUAUACUUCAUCAUCAUAACUUUUAUUAUAGGGUUUCCUGAUGUCCAUCUGAUUCAGGUGGCUUGGGCAUCGAGGAACUCGUACUGUGUGAAAGCAAGGACUAUAUCUGCCAGUAUCUACAGUAUGUUCUUCCAGGCGGGUACCAUUGUAUACGUAAGUUAUGAGCGUUGUAAACGCGGCAAUCGAGCCUUAAUUGGAAUACGUUGUAUGAACAUUUUUUUCUAUCGCUUUCUCAAUGCGCGCCGAGACAAGACAUGGAACUCAUGGACUAAAGAGGAGCAACAAAUCUACGCCGACACAACAACAGACCAAUCACACGCAAGACUAGACUUCAGAUUCACUCACUGA